GUUUCCGGCCGCGGCGGGAGCGCCGCCGUGUCCCCGGAGGGACGGCGGGGCCCGGGCGGUGCCAGCGGCGGUGACAGCGGGCCGGGCCGCGCCGGGCACAGCCAGCGCCGCGCUCCCCGCGCCGCCCGGGCCGCGCCGCCGCUCCCCGCGCCGGCCGGGGUCACCUUCAUGGGCGGGCGGGAGCGCGCGGCGCUGCCCGGGGCCUGCUGAGGCGGCGGCGAGGCGGAGGGAGCGAUGUUCGUGCAGGAGGAGAAGAUCUUUGCGGGGAAGGUGCUCAGGCUCCAUGUGUGCACCAUGGAGGGCGCCGAGUGGCUGGAGGAGGUGCCCGAGGACACCACGGUGGAGAAGCUCAAGGAGCGGUGCCUGAAGCACUGUCUUCCUGGGAGCUUGGAGGAUCCCAAAACUGUGACACAUCACAAGCUGAUCCAUGCUACUUCUGAGAAGGUGCUGACAGACACAAAAACAGUGUUGGAGGAGAACAUUCAGGACAGAGAUGUGUUGCUGCUGGUCAAGAAGCGCGCGCCGACGCUGCUCCCCAAGAUGUCAGAUGUGGUUGCAGAGGAGAAAAGGAAGCAGGAGCAGAAGGCUCCUGACAAGGAUGCCAUCCUCAAAGCCACUGCCAACCUGCCCGCCCGCAGCGCGGACCGCAGCGUGACCCACCACAACAUGAGGGAUUUCCAGACAGAGCUCCGGAAGAUUUUAGUGUCUCUCAUAGAAGUUGCACAGAAAUUGCUAGCACUGAACCCCGAUGCAGUUGAACUAUUUAAGAAGGCAAAUGCCAUGCUGGAUGAGGAUGAGGAGGACAGGGUGGACGAGAUCGCGCUGCGCCAGCUCACCGAGAUGGGCUUCCCAGAGAGCAGAGCUGUCAAAGCCCUCAGGCUGAACCACAUGUCCGUCACCCAGGCCAUGGAGUGGCUGAUAGAACACGCCGAUGACCCUUCUGUGGAUGCUCCUCUGCCAGGUUCUGCUGCUGCAGAAGCCCCAGCUGAAGGUGCUGCCUCCUCUGCUGAGGCAGCUGCGGGUCCCAGCUCGGAGGAGGGCGGGGAGGAGGCCAAGGAUGAGCUGACUGAAAUCUUCAAGAAGAUCCGCAGGAAAAGAGAAUUCCGUCCUGACCCACGGGCUGUCAUUGCCCUGAUGGAGAUGGGAUUUGAUGAAAAGGAAGUGGUGGAUGCACUCAGAGUGAACAACAACCAGCAAAAUGCAGCUUGUGAAUGGCUGCUGGGAGACAGAAAACCUUCUCCAGAGGACUUAGACAAGGGCAUUGACACCAACAGCCCUCUCUUCCAAGCCAUCUUAGAAAACCCAGUGGUACAAUUAGGGCUCACCAACCCUAAAACUCUACUAGCCUUCGAGGAUAUGCUUGAAAACCCCUUGAACAGCACUCAGUGGAUGAACGAUCCCGAGACGGGGCCGGUGAUGUUACAGAUCUCCCGAAUCUUCCAGACACUGAACCGCACGUAGAGGGAGCUGCCAGUGCACUGUGCCACCUCCCCCUGCCCCUCACUGCCCCCCACCUCCUCGGGAGGCUGCCUGGAUGGUUGGGAAGGGGUGGAGGGAAGGGAGGGAGGGAAGGGGGAGAUCCUGGCUCGAGGGGUCUCUCGCACGAGAGCUUUCGUAGUUACGGCCAACAGGAGUGAGUUGCCUUGUGGAUUUAGUGUUAGUGGGAGAGGUUUGAGGAUUUGUUCAUGUUUUCAGGUAUUAGGUUUAAAAUAAAGUAUAUAUAUUAAAAAAAAAAUAGGAAAAAGGUUUUGUGAAAACACUUAAGAAUCUGAUUGUUGGAAAGAAAUAUUGCUCGUUCAAAAGGCCUGUGACAGUUUUCUGGCCAGUUUUGCUAGGAUCUGGCUGGUGUUUACAAAAGGUCACUGAC